AAGACCUGACUCGGCCAACACUCAACAGUUCUGAGACCCCCGACUCACGACCCACUCAACUGACAAAAUUUCUCCCAUCACCCAAAAUGCCAAAUAUUCUGUCUCACCUAAAAAGUGAGAGAGACGCCCUUCUUGCUCUGAAAAACCCAGGGACUCUUUCGGAGAGGGAGGGAGGGAGCCGGUGAUCAAAUCUUGCAAUCUAAGAUACACCCAUGAAGAAAUCUUCCUCAGCUUCGGUUUCACGGCCAGCCGCAGUCCUCCCCUACAAGACCCAGGGCCUCAGGGAGAACUAUCUGAUCGGCAAAAAGCUUGGUCAAGGCCAGUUUGGCACCACGUACCUCUGCAAAGAGAAGUCCACGGGCCGUGAAUAUGCCUGCAAAUCUAUCCCCAAGAGGAAGCUCUUGUGCAGGGAGGACUAUGAGGAUGUCUGGAGGGAGAUUCAGAUAAUGCAUCACUUGUCUGAGCACCCUAAUGUGGUCAGGAUUAGAGGGGCCUAUGAGGAUCCCGUGUUUGUUCAUCUGGUCAUGGAGCUUUGCGCCGGCGGCGAGCUCUUUGACCGGAUUAUCAAGAAGGGGCAUUACAGUGAGAGGGAGGCUGCGAAGCUGAUCAAGACUAUUGUUGGGGUUGUGGAGGCAUGCCACUCCCUUGGGGUCAUGCAUAGGGACCUCAAGCCUGAGAAUUUCUUGUUCGUUAGCACUGACGAGGAUGCCGCACUCAAGGCCACCGAUUUUGGAUUGUCUGUCUUCUAUAAGCCAGGGGAUACUUUUUCUGAUGUUGUUGGAAGUCCUUAUUAUGUUGCACCUGAGGUAUUGCGCAAACAGUAUGGACCUGAAUCAGAUGUCUGGAGUGCUGGAGUUAUUUUGUACAUCUUAUUAAGUGGUGUUCCACCUUUUUGGGCAGAAACUGAGCCAGGGAUCUUCAGGCAGAUUUUACAAGGAAAACUGGAUUUUGAAUCUGAACCCUGGCCUAGCAUUUCAGAAAGUGCUAAAGAUCUGAUCCGGAAAAUGCUUGAGAGGAAUCCAAAGAAAAGACUAUCUGCCCAUGAAGUUUUGUGUCAUCCUUGGAUUGUUGAUGACACAGUUGCACCAGACAAACCUCUGGAUUCUGCAGUUUUAUCACGCUUAAAACAAUUUUCUGCAAUGAACAAACUAAAGAAGAUGGCUUUACGUGUCAUAGCAGAAAGGCUAUCAGAAGAGGAAAUUGGUGGUUUGAAAGAGUUGUUCAAAAUGAUAGACACGGACAACAGUGGAACAAUAACAUUUGAUGAACUAAAAGAAGGUUUGAAGAGAGUAGGUUCUGAGCUCAUGGAAUCCGAGAUCAAGGACCUCAUGGAUGCUGCUGACAUCGAUAAUAGUGGAACAAUAGACUACGGAGAAUUCCUUGCAGCUACUAUCCAUUUGAACAAGAUGGAAAGAGAAGAGAACUUAAUAAAAGCCUUUUCUUUUUUCGAUAAAGAUGGUAGUGGUUAUAUAACCAUAGAUGAGCUUCAACAAGCUUGCAAAGAGUUUGGUCUCAGUGAUCUUCAUCUUGAUGAAAUGAUCAAAGAAAUUGAUCAAGACAAUGAUGGGCAGAUAGAUUACGGGGAAUUCGCCGCAAUGAUGAGAAAAGGCAAUGGGGGAAUAGGGAGGAGGACAAUGAGAGGCAAUUUAAAUUUUAACUUGGGUGAUGCCUUGAGAGUAAAUGAGAAUUAAUGUACCGUAACAGGCUGACCAAAGCAAUGAACUCUGAAUCAAAGAUGAUGAAACGUCGAAGGCAAAGUUUUCAACAUUUACAAAGAUAUUGCAGCUACACCUACAUUGGUUUACUCUCACAUACAGCAUUUUUCAUGCUUCUGAGUUCUGACUAGAAGAGUGUGCACGCGUGACAAAAAAAAAUCUUGUAGUUGUUAGCAUCAGCAGUUUUAGAAACCCUUACGAUUGUUUAGAUUUUAGAGCCAGACCCAUUUGGCAUUCAAACAUGGUUCUUCAAAGUAUUGGUACCAUCGGUUUUGAAGGUCACCGAAAUCAUGUUUAUUGGUUAAUACCCUUCCCAGAUAUAACCUUGUUCAAAGCUUGAUACCUUGGACAAAUUGUAUCCAUGAAUAUCACUCCUUUGAAUGUUUUAUUUUUCCUUUA